AGUAUUACAGCAUUAUAUUGGAUUCAGAAUCGCGGUGAGUGGAAACAGUUUGUUAGACAUAGAGUAAAUGAAAUCUUAGCAAUAACACAGAAGGAGAAGUGGGGACAUUGUCCAGGAAUGGAAAAUCCCGCUGAUUUAGGAAGCAGGGGAGUGUUUGCGUCGAAGAUACAAGAGCAAUCACUUUGGUGGACAGGACCAAGGUGGCUGAGUAGCGUAGAAAGAGAAUGGCCGCAAUCAGAGGUAGGCGUAACUGGGGAGAGUAAAGAAGAAGAAAAGCGGACGGCACUAUUAGUAGUAGAUACUAACGAAGAAAUAGGUAUUCAGAACGUGAUCUCUAUAGAGAGGUACAGUAGGGUUGAGAAGUUAUUCCGUGUAACGGCAUGGGUCACACGAUUUGUCAGGAAUUUGAUCGCUAGGAUCAAAGGGAAACAUGAAGAUUUAACCUUCACGGAAUUAGGGAGUCAGGAGAUAAGUAAAACAAAAAAACUUUGGUUGAAGUCUUCACAAGACAGGCUAAAGAAGGAGGAUAAGUUCAAGCAGUUAGAGGUACAACUCAAGGUAGUGGAAGAUGAGGGGUUACUAAAAUGUCAGGGUAGGCUAGCAGAAUCAGACUUGGAAGAGCAAACGAAGUUUCCAAUCUUAUUACCAAAGGAAGGUAGAUUGACGGAAUUAAUAGUUGUGCAUUGCCACAAAAAGGUACAUCAUAGCGGAAUUAGGGCAACUUUAGCAGAGAUAAGGUCAAGUUAAAGCACGACGAAAGAGAAUGUGAGCAAAAAGAGAAUGAAAAAGGACUGAGAAGAAGGGAGGCGAAACAGGAGGGUAGACGAAAGAGAGCCGCUGCUCUUGAUUCUGUAUGGAAGACACGGAG